AUGUCCCUGCAGCCUACUCCGAAGCUUGCCCUUACCCUCCCGCUCUCUGGACGAGGACCUUUGACGAGUAACCCUGCCCUGGGUUACUUCUCCGUCGCUUCUGCGGGUGGCUGCCCCGCCAGGCAGGGUUCCAGGAGGGAGCGGGUCUGGUCGAGCAGCCGCGGGGGCAGAUGCCCCAGGAGGACCCGUGCCCUGGGCUCACCCCGUCCCUGCGGCGUCACUCACGGCCGGGCAGCGGGGCCGCUGGCGUUGGCGCGGGACCUGCUGGCCGAGGGCGGGGAGCCCUUCUUUGUCCUCAACAGCGACGUGAUCUGCGAGUUCCCCUUCGCGGCGCUGGCCCGUUUCCACCAGCAGCACGGCGGCGAGGGCUCGCUGGUGGUGACCCGCGUGGAGGAGCCAGCCAAGUACGGCGUGGUGGUGAGCGAGGCUGACACCGGCCGCAUCUGCCGCUUCGUGGAGAAACCGCGCGUCUUCGUGUCCAACAAGAUCAACGCCGGGCUCUACAUCUUCAGCCCCGGCAUCCUGCAACGCAUCCAGCUGCGCCCCACCUCCAUCGAGAAGGAGAUCUUCCCAGCCAUGGCGCAGGACGGACAGCUCUACGCGAUGGAGCUGCAGGGCUUCUGGAUGGACAUCGGGCAGCCAAAGGACUUCCUUACGGGCAUGUGCAUGUACCUGCAGGCGCUGCGGGCCCAGCACCCCGAGAAGCUGCAUUCGGGGCCCGGUGUCGUAGGGAAUGUGCUGGUGGACCCCAGUGCCAAGAUCGGGGCAAACUGCGUCAUCGGCCCCAACGUGACGAUCGGGGCCGGCGUGGUGGUGGAGGACGGGGUACGCAUCAAACGCUGCACUGUGCUGAAGGGGGCCCGCAUCCGCUCCCACUCGUGGCUGGAGUCCUGCAUCGUGGGCUGGAGCUGCUCCGUGGGGCAGUGGGUGCGCAUGGAGAACGUGACAGUGCUGGGCGAGGAUGUCAUCGUCAACGACGAGCUCUACCUCAACGGGGCCAACGUGCUGCCGCACAAGUCCAUUGCCGAGUCCGUGCCAGAGCCGCGCAUCAUCAUGUAGCAGCCCCUGGUGGGCUCUGCACUCCUGGCUCUGCUUGGAUUAAAUAUUUAUAUUUCCAUC